AAACGUCGUCGUUUCCCAAGUACAUCAGCGCCCAGCGACUCGAUCCCAGCCUCUACUUCUUCGACUAUUAAUAAACUUGUCAGUUGUCACACAACCAAACAAAGUACGCUAUCCCAAGCGCAAUCCACCGCAUCGACCCCAAACUCCGAUGAGUCUGACGCUACUUCCUUCGCACUCCUCGAAUGUCCACGAGUUACAUCCUACGUUCAGUUGGCGCAUAUCACCAACCCCGAGAUCCCGUCAUGUGCCUUGGACUCCGACAUUUCUUACCAAUGCUCUAACCAAUACCACGUAUCCUCUUCCUACAACUCCAACACAAUCGGAUUCCUCUCCAUCAUUAUCCACCCCCUCCAAACUCUAUGAAUCACCUUUCCACUACCCUCCCCCAAACCCACGUCGAUACCCCCUUUUAUCCGCCGAUCCCACCCGAGACUAGAUCGCCCGAUGAGAACAAUUAUCUAACUGACGAACAAUCAGCCGUUGCAUCCGAUGCCGCCGAAGACCAACAUGACACACAACACUCCAACCCCUCCGGACCCCAGCCGCGAAUAGGGGCCUAUGAACGGCCCGCAGCACAGGCAACCACCUGUCACCCUACAUCCCCUACCCUGGCCACUCAGGAUAGUGGGUUAGCUGGCUCUGUUUACCCAACCGCCUCUAACGGACUGGCCUCUGCCAAGUCUCCAACCAGCCAGCGGAACCACAGCGAUGUACCACCAUUACAUAUGCAUGCACCAACCACACCUAGACAGCUUACCUCUCCACUGACGGCUGACAUUUCGACCCCGUUGUAUUCGUCCCGGCAUCCUUCGUAUGCCGACUCUAACAGGAAUAUCAGUCCGUCCGAGCUCACAAUCCAGGCCCCAUCAGCACCGCGGGGGAACCUGCCUUUUCACACUCCGCCUGUGAGCAAUACUGCCAUGCCACCAGGCCCUCUGAAUCAUUUAUCUUCCCCGCCUGUAGACCUCAGAACCUUUUGCUGCACCAUGUGUCCACGAGUAUUUCGGACUUCUAGUGGAUUACACCGGCACCGAACAGCGCAUCUUCGGAACCCGACGGGCUUCCUAGCUUCCACGGCGGUAGCAAAUAUGUCCAAUUUUAAAUGCCAAACUUGUCGGCGGAUCUUAUUGACGAAAAACGGACUAUCGCAACAUCGCCGGCAUCGGCAUCCUGUCAGCUAUAAUGCCGAUUGCCUCGCCCGCCUCCCCGAACACGGGUACCGUUGGAAUCCCAGGGAAGACCGCGUGCUUCUCUUCCAUGCCUCCCGCCUAGUGCAGAGUUCCACCUCACGCGACGCCCUAAUGGCACGCUUAAGUCGAAUCUUUACCUAUCGUACAACUCAGAGUGUCCGCAAACGACUGCAGUACCUGGGAUGGAACUAUGCGGAUCACCGCACGAGUUCAAGACCCUCAACCUCCACAUCCCUUCUUCCACGAACCAUCCUAACACCGGCUUCCGAACGCUACACCCCGCGACUCACCCCGUCCCCCACUCUAUCUCCAUCUUGCGGGGGAUCUCCAACAACGACCUUGACGACCCAAACAACCGUCUCUUCACCCACUCCGUCGGAUAUAGCGGUCGACCUCGACCACUCUCCUAUCCAAACACAGCCGUCCAGAGAUUCGAGUAACCGAAUUGACAGCACCCACCACAUUUCGACACAAACUGCAUUCGCAAUGACGCCUAAGACCUUGCCAACACGACUAGAGACAGGCC